CGCUGCCGUCAUGGACACCAGCCAUGUGCAGCCUAUCAAGCUGGCCAGGGUCACCAAGGUCCUGGGCAGGACCGGCUCUCAGGGACACUGCACGCAGGUGCGCGUGGAAUUUAUGGACAACACAAGCCGCUCCAGCAUCCGCAAUGUAAAAGGCCCCGUGUGUGAGGGGGACGUGUUCACCCUGUUGGAGUCAGAGCGAGAGGCCUGGAAGUUGCGCUGAGCUUGGCUGCUCACUGGGUGUUGGAUGUGGGGUUCGACCACUUCGCUGGUGGGAAUGGUGUGCCACGAUCUGCUCCUUUAUUUUUUGCCCACCACACGGGAAUUGAGAUGCGCCUUUAAAGCAUUUGUGCUUCAAAUUAAAAAGAAAGAGUAAGCUGAGAUGGAUGGAUGUGAUGGAAUGCUCUGUGGCGAUCCAUCAACUAGUGAUAUCUUUAGCAGGUGAUUAGAUCUUAAAAGCAUCAUGUAGAAUGAAGAAAGUAUGAUAUAGAAGGAUAUCUGUAGUAUGAAAGGAAAAUAUCUUGGGCCCCCAAUAUCACUAAGGAAAACUAAAGGAAAACUGCUUAGGGCAAACCUGCCCCCCAUUUUAUUCAAAGUCACCCCUCUGCCCACUGAGAUAGACCCAUAUCUGAUUUGCCUCCUUUGGAGGGGCUAAUCAGAAACUCAAAAGAAUGUAACCAUUUGUGUAUCACCUAUCUGUGACCUGGAAGUCCCUUCCCCAGUUCCAAUCUUCCGCCUUUGAUUCAAGUUGUCCCACCUUUCCAGACAGAACCAAUGUACUUCUUACAUAUAUUGAUUGAUGUCUCAUCUCCCUAAAUGGAUAAAAGCAAGCUAUGCCCCAACCACCUUGGGCACAUGUCGCCAGGACCUCCUGAGGCUGUGUCACGGGCACGUCCUCAACCUUAGCAAAAUAAACUUUCUAAAUUAACUGAGACCUGUCUCACAUUUUCUGGUUUCACAGUAGUUGCACAAUAACAUUCAAAUACAUUUUAAAACACGCACGCAAAACAACACAGUAUAUUUUAAAAUACAGAGUAGAUACAGUACUGCAGAGUGAUAGAGCUCAGGUUUUAUGUAGCCUGGAUUCGAGUCCUCACGCUGCCAUAUGCUAAAUGCGUGAUCUUGGGAAAAUUACUUCACGUAUCCAUGCCUCUGUUUCCUCUUCUGUUAAAUGGGAACAACAAAAGAAUUUUUCUUUCUUUUUUUUGAGACAGAAUCUCGCUCUGUCACCCAGGCUGGAGCAUAGUGGCACGAUAUCAGCUCACGGCAACCUCUGCCUCUGGGGUUCAAGUGAUUCUCAUGCCUCAGCCUCCUGAGUAGCUGAGACUACAGGCAUGUGUUAUAAUUUUUUUAUUUUUAAUAGAGACGGGGCUUCACCAUGUUGCCCGGGCUGGUCUCAAACUCAUGAACUCAGGUGAUCCACUCACUUCAGACUCCCAAAGUGUUGGGAUUACAGGAGUGAGCCACCAUGCCAGGCCAAAACAAUGUUUCUCAUAGUGCUGUUGGGAGGAUGAAAGAAGAUAAUGUGUAUAAAAGUGCUUGGAACAGGACCUUGGAAAAUUAAAUUGGAGUUGGCAAUAAUAUUUAUUUUCAAAGACAUCUAUGUAUAGGCAGGAUGAAAAUGGGGAGUGAACAUGGAGAUAAAGAAAAAAUAAUAAAAUAACACAACACGGUGUCUUUCAUGGGCUUAUGGUAAGGGUGUGUCCUGAAUUGACAGGAAUAAUGAACUCAAGUUUUGGAACCUGACAUUCCCCAAAUCUGCAAGAGUUAAGCCUGAAACAAACAGACCAAAGCCCCAGGUUAUGAAUCUAGUCACUGCUGAGCAGUGAGCUUUCGCCAGCUUCCUUCUGAGAAGGAGCUCAGUGGUUUAUGAUGUUUUUGUGGUGUUAAGCAAUGCUGCUAGGCCGGGUGCAGUGGCUCAUGCCUGUAAUCCGAGCACUUUGGGAGGCCGAGGCAGACGGAUCACUUGAGCCCAGGAGUUCAAGAUCAACCUGGGCAACAUAGUGGGACCCCAUCUCUAUUUUAAAAAAUAAAAAAUAAGAAAACAAUGGCUGGGUGCAGUGGCUCACACCUGUAAUCCCAGCAUUUUGGGAGGCCGAGGCGGGUGGAUCAUCUGAGGUCAGAGGUUUGAAACCAACCUGGCCAACAUGGUGAAACCCUGUCUUUACUAAAAAUGCAAAAUUAGCCGGGCAUGGUGGCACAUGCCUGUAAUCUCAGCUACUUGGGAGGCUGAGGCAGGAGAAUCGCUUGAACCUGGGAGGCAGAGGUUGCAGUGAGCUGAAAUCGUGCCAUUGCACUCUAGCCUGGGCAACAAGAGUAAAACUCCAUACCCUACCCCCCCCCCAACAAAAAAAAAAGAAAGAAAACAUUUCUGAUUGAAUUUAUGUAAUAAUUUGCCUAUUGUGUCUAAGCUGUUCUUUAAAAAACUAAUUGCUAUUAAAAUGCUUAAUGAGUCAAUUACUAAUUAUAAAUCAGUGAAUUAAUUAAUACGUCCCAAGUCACGAAUCUGUUAUGUUUACAAACAAUUGCUACCCUCUGUCUAAUCUUUGAAUUUGUGCUCAUGAAGAAAUUGGCUACCAAUGUGGUACCAGUCUCCCAGCAUCCUUGAAGAAGAGUUAGGAGGUAGGGGAAAACACAUGUACAUCUGUCCCUAGAGGUGACUACACUGAAAUCUAGCUAAGUGAUAUAGUUUGGAUGUUUGUACCCUCCAAAUCUCAUAUUGAAAUGUGAUCCCCAGUACUGGAGAUGGGGUCUGGUGGGAGGGGCAUGGGUCAUAGGGGCGGAUCCCUCAUGAAUGUCUUGAGGCCCUCCCCACAGUAAUAAGUAGGUUCUCCCCCUAUUAGCUCAAAGGAGAGCUGGCUGUUUAAAAGAGCAUGGCAUCUCUUGCUUUCUCUCUCACCAUGUGAUGUACCUGUUCCCCCUUCCCUUCCACCAUGAAUAAAAGCUUCCCAAGGCCUUACCAGAAGCCAAUCAGAUGUGGGUGCCAUGAUUCUUGUACAGCCUGCAGGAACCAGGAGCCAAGUAAACCUCUUUUCUUUCUAAAUGACCUAGUUUUGGCUAUUCCUUUAUAGUAACACAAAAUGGACUAAGACAUUAAGUCAACAAGAUACACAAAAUAACACAGUUAAGUACCAACACAAGGCACAACCCAAUGAGAAUGAAAUAGGCAUUGCAGAGUGCCAGUGCUUGAGAGCAGGGCUCCCCAACCCCCGGGCCAUGGACCGGAAC